AACUUCAUUUUCACUUUACAUUCAUUUGUCAUCCAAUGAAGUUUGACUUAAAAGAAAUGGAAUCAAAACCACUAAGAGUUAAAAAAAAAUCUAAUAAUAACAUAACCUUAAAAGCAAAUACAAUACAUACGUAACUAAACAUAGCAGAGUUGAUUCAUAAACGACGGUAGCCCCAAAAUAUGCCGCCUAAACAAGCUAAGAAAACUCUUUGGGUUGAAUGUGAGAAAUGUGGAUGCAGCGUAACGUCAAACGACAAGAAUGUUCACACGGAAUUGAAUUGUGCAAAAGAUCAAGUGAAAUGCCCAUUUAUUUAUAACGGAGAGCUAAAUACAUGGCUCGAAAGGACCGGAUCCCCCGCUGAUGGAAUUCCUAGAGACGCUGUUAUGGUACAUCCUUCGGCUGGUUCGCUUAUAAAUGCAGUUAUUGGAGGAGCAUUACAACUAACCCGCGAGGGUGCACCAGCGAUGUUGAAGCGUAUGUGGCCCUCCAAAACGUCUUCCCCAGCUGCUGUCAUACUUCCUGCCGCUGACAUUCCUGCGUCAUGGAAAAAUGAAAAUAAGAAAAUUACAGUAGCAGUUCUACAAGAAAAUGUAAGUGAAGCCACUGAAGUUAUAAUAAAAAUAAAAAAUAACAAAAUCAAAACAGACAUCUGUGACAUAUUGAAACAUCAUUUCUAUAAAAAUUAUGUAGCAGUCGGUACUAUACUAGUGUAUUAUUAUUUUGGUAAAAGAUUGGAGAUAGAAGUGAUCACUGUGAAGUCCAAAGAUGAAAGUGAUAACUCUAGUAAAGACUGGUUUGUUCUCAGUAAUGAAACAAUUUGGAGUAUGAGUAAAGAAUCUGAACCAAAAACACAAAAGAAACCAAUUUCAUUAGGUGGAGUUGAUGAUAUUGUGGAAGAAAUCCAGACAUACAUUAAAAUAUCCUUUAAUGAGGCUGGUUUAAAAGCUAGUUUCCAACCAACUAGAGGAUUACUUAUUUAUGGACAUUCAGGGAUUGGGAAAACUGCCAUCUGUAAAUACCUAAUUGAGAAUUUCAAAUGUUUCCAUGUAGAAAUAAAUGGACCAGCAAUAUUUAGCAAAUAUUUUGGAGAAACAGAAAACACAAUGAAAAGUUUAUUUGACAAGGCCGUUAAUAAUCAACCAAGCAUUAUAUUAGUUGAUGAAAUUGAAACUAUAUGUCCCAGGCGCUCAUCUGGGAGUACUGAACAAGAGAGACGCAUUACUUCAGCCUUUGUAUCAUUUUUAGACAGUUUACAUGAUGAAAAUUGCAAGGUCUUUGUACUAGCUACAACCAGAAAGCCUGAAGCCAUAGAUCCUAUGUUAAGGAGGUUUGGAAGAUUAGACAAAGAAAUAGAAAUACCGGUUCCAGACAGAGUGCGGAGGAAAGAUAUCUUGUAUAGCUUACUGAAAAAUUUACCAAAUCAGAUGUCUUCGCAAGAUAUUGAGACAAUAUCGGAUAUUGCUCAUGGAUAUGUAGCUGCUGAUAUAGUGAAUCUGUGUACACAAGCUGCCAUGAAAUGCAUAAAGCGUUCAGCCAAAAACAUUGAGAAGGAGGACUUGAUUGCAGCAGUGACAAUAGUCAGACCAAGCGCUAUGAGGGAGCUUUUAAUAGAAGUACCUAAUAUUAGAUGGGCAGAUAUUGGUGGUAUGGCAGAUCUGAAGUUAAAAUUACGACAGGCUGUCGAAUGGCCAUUGAAGCACGCUGAAAGCUUCAAGAGGCUGGGAGUGAAGCCUCCAGGCGGAGUAUUGAUGUAUGGACCUCCAGGUUGCUCUAAAACUAUGAUAGCUAAAGCUUUAGCAACAGAAAGUGGCCUUAAUUUUUUGUCUAUUAAAGGUCCUGAACUGUUUUCGAAAUGGGUGGGAGAAUCUGAGCGGGCUGUCCGAGAAUUGUUCACUAAAGCACGCCAAGUGGCACCGUCUGUGAUAUUUUUUGAUGAGAUGGAUGCUAUAGGCGGUGAAAGGGGUGCAGGGGAGGCCGGUGUGCAUGAACGAGUGCUGGCACAACUCCUCACUGAGUUAGAUGGUGUUGUACCUCUAAAUUCUGUGACUAUUUUAGCUGCUACCAACAGACCGGACAGGAUGGAUAGAGCACUACUUCGACCUGGAAGACUAGAUCGAUUGAUCUACGUGCCUUUACCGGACAUAGAGACAAGACUACAGAUCUUGGAACUGAAGCUUCAAACAAUGAGUAUUGGUGACGAUGUUAACCCUCAUGCUUUAGCGUCAAGAACCGAGGGAUUUUCUGGAGCCGAGUUGAAUGCAUUAUGUCAGGAAGCUGCUUUGAGGGCUCUAGAAAAAGAUCUCGACUGUGCAGAAGUUACUAUGACUUAUUUCGAGGAUGUUUUAAGAAACUUUAAACCCAGAACACCUCAUACACUACUGAAAGUCUAUGAAGAAUUCUGUCUUGGGUAGAAAUCUGUGUGAAACGAAAUGAAAGUGCC